CGCCUGUAAUGGUCAAUGACGUUGCUGUCGUCGCUAUGGUGACUGAACUGUUGACAUGGCGCCUAUGGUUAGGGAACAACGCGCGUGUGUAUAAUAAACAGAAAAGUAACCUGCGUCGUUAGAGUCCUAGUGUUUUUCUUGAAGUCUGUUUAUAGAGCCAGUCAGGAAUGGAGGUCGUGCUGCAAACUCCAAACACUUUCUCCGAAAAUGUGAAGAAAAAGAAAAUCCUACCUCUUAGACAACUGGUGGAGGAGACAACGAAGACCUCCAAAGUCUCUCAUCACCUUCUUGAAACUAGGAGUUUUACCAAGGUUAAGAGCAAUAACGUUGUUGAGGCUGAACCAUCAGAACUGCAUUUUAGUGGGUUUGAAGUGGGAAAGGACUACAAAAAGGUUGUGAAAUUGAUUAAUAUUUCUCCUGAGGUGAUCCAUGUCCAUAUUCUUCCUACCCAAACGAAGUACUUUCGAACUGAAUAUACACAAAAGAGUCGACUAAUUCCAGGACUUGCUCACACUAUUAAUGUACACUUCAGUCCAAAUGAGUGGCGCUACUUUUUUGACAGCAUCCGGAUUCACUGCAAGGGGGAGGAGAAUUUGCUGGUUCCUAUUCAUGCUUAUCCUGUCAUUGAUGAUCUUAAUAUUCCAUCUUACAUAAAACUGUUUCCUGUGCCAUUGGGACAUAGCUCCACUUAUGUGAUUCCUCUGAGCUGCAGUUGUCCAGUAGACUUUGAGUUCCAGGUGCACUGCUUGAAGUCUCACGAGGCAUUUGGCAUAUAUCCUUUGUCAGGAAUCAUCCCAGCCAAAGGGAAGACAGACUUAUCAGUGACAUUCACACCACAGCAAUAUGGAACAGCUGAAAUCACUCUACAGCUGGUCAUCUCUCAGUUCAACUCAAAACCCUUCAUCUGCACAUUAACUGCAUCCUGCUCUCCUAAUCUGACUCUAAACCAACAGAGAGAAAAUGAAGAGAUAGCUAAAACUGCCAAAGAUCUACAAACAGAAGACGCUGUGUACCUUGUUGCUCCCAAACUAAAGACUAAGGUGACAUCAAGGAUAAAGAUGCACACUAAGAAGAAGAUAAAAUCAGACCCAUAUAAACAGAGCUCUGAUGUAGAUAUUUCCAACCAUGCUAAUCUUGCUAAAAUGCUAAUUCAACACCAAGACAAAAUGAGCUACAAGGAUCUCAGAAAGGCCUUGCCCCAUACCAAGACUGCAUACCAGACAAGACAGAUGAGAGAGGCUGCAUUUGAAAAUCAAGUUCAAGUAAAUGCUCAAAAAGACAGAGCUAAUCAUCUUCAAUGGCAGGUCCAACUAGGUGAUGAUUUAUUUUCAGCAGAACAGAAAAUAAAAAUUCUGAAGGAACAGGAAGUUGCAGCUGCUGAGUAUAUGAUGAACAAAGACAAGGGUGGCAGAGAGAUGGAUAUUGCACAGAUUUUUCCAAAACUGUCAUCUCAUCGUGUUGUGCGUUGUGCAGGACAGCACCCUGAUUGCAGUCCUGUGUUCUACAUUUAUGGCAGUAGCCAACUGGAGGUCAGAUGGCGAGUGCUUAGGCUCUUCCAACAAACUGUUCGUAAGGUCAUUCUGCAAGUCCGUAUGAAUAAGAGGCUGCUUCUGUUGCAAGAACUGCAAGAACUAGCUUCCAGUACAAAGAGGCAAGUCACAGGAGAAAAAAACAAAGGCAUAUAUGAAAAAAAACAACUUUUAAAUUUGUCAUCAGAAAAGCUGCUGCCCUUCAGAUCACCCAUCUUUCCUUCUACAAACCACCCUGAUGAACUUGCCAUUAACAAAAUUGGAAAUGUUCAUGUGGGGCUGAUGGAAGAAGAUUUGACUUGUACCAUUCCGUUUUUUAAUCUAAAGGUCCCUCAGCAUUACAAACUUAUGGGCUACCGGGAAGUUACUGUGUAUGAUUCCAAAGCCUCUUUUGCCCACAAAAAACAAUGUAGGCUACUGCGCACAGGAGCACAGAAGGAACAGCAGGAAGAGGAGAGACCUGAGCCAGACUACAACCCCGUGUUCUUUUUCAGGACUCCUCAUAAUGUGUUAAAUCCACAAAAUGCACACCCUCUCAGGAUCUUUAACCCUGCUCCAAGUGUGUGUGCCUUCAAACCAACCCCAUCAUACCUAGAGAGUGACCCAGAGUUCCAUCUGUGUCCACUGACAAGACAGACCAUCUGUAAAGACAACGUUGUGGAAGUCCAUACUAACAAAACUCAAAAGAAGUUUUUAGACAGAGAGGACAUUAUAAAAGGAACCAUAAUAUGGAAGAAGUUUCCCUGUCUGGCACUGAAUGCUUUUUCCUCUUUACCAGCACAAGCCAGCAAUCAGAGCCCACGCAUGUGUGACCCUUUCAGUAGUUUGGUGCUGCCCCUGGAAGCCCCACCAUCGCUGAAGGACCUUUCGGAUAACAUCAAAGAAGAAAUUUUACUUCAUUAACAUAAACACCUUUGUUGGGGGCUACUCACACACACACACACACACACACACACACACACACACCCCACCCACCACAGCCCCGACACACAGUCGAUAGGGGUACCCCCACCCCUGGUCAUAGAUUAGGUUACCUACAGAAAUGUCGGCCAGGGAAGCACAAGCGUCAUAAAUCAGCACACACUACUUUGAUUGACAGUUUGACAUAAAGUGUAUGAUAUAACUACUUACAUACUUAAAAUUACAGUGAAAAUUUGUAUUAACAUUUA